AUGACAACAGGCAUGCUAUGGAUGUGGGCUAGGUCGCUUGUGCUGGUGGCUCUUGUUACUCUUCAUGCAGCCGUCUCGGUGGAUGGCUUGUCCGCCUGUGCUCCGUUUGUGGGCAACGGAGGCUCGCUCAUCGCCGAGUAUGACGGUAUCACCGCCAUGGCAAAGGGCGACUUUAACAACGACGGACGGCCCGACUUUGUCGUCCUCGGUGGCACUUUUUUCUCUGCCCAUCUCCUCAUGCAGCAGCCUGAUGGCUCGUAUGCGCAGAGCUCAAUCGUGCUCAACAUUGUGGCCAAGGAUGUUGCUGUCGGCGACUUUGACGGUGACGGCGCUGACGACGUGGCGCUCGCGAUCAACUCGGGCUCCGGGCCCGAUGAAGUGGUGUUCUACGCCAACGCUGCUCGGGACGGCAGCUCGUGGACAAAGGUCACCGUGAGCUCGGGCACCCGCAGUGCGAUCUCCAUCGCCGCCGCAGACAUGGACGCCGACGGCGACAUCGACCUGGUCGUCGGCCUCGACCUCGGCAACAUCCUUCUGUUCAACAACACCAACGCCGACGGCACAAACUGGGCAUCGUCUGAGGUCACUGAUCUUGGCGACAGCAUCAAUGCCCUCGCCCUUGCAGACAUCAACUCUGAUGGCGCCACAGACAUCAUCGCCGCCGUCGGCUCGGUCGCCCCCUCCGAGGUCGUGUGGAUUCGCAACGUCGCUGGCGACGCCAGCUCGUGGUCCUUCCUCGACAUUGGCUCGGCCGGCUUGGACGCCUCCUCGGUUGCCAUCGCGGACGUUGACAACGACGGAGAUCUCGACGUUGUCGUCGCCCUCUACAGCGACAACAUCGUCGCCUGGUACCCCAACAUCGACACCGGCGCCAGCUUUGGCGCUCGCCUCGACGUUGCCAACAUUCAAGACGUUGAGUUUGUCGUCGCCGAAGACAUCGAUGGCGACGGCCUUGUCGACUUUGUCUCCUCUGGUCGCUACGUUGCCUACUUUCACAAGAACGCCGGUGCCGGCACCGCCUGGGCGCACCGCCUCGUCUCGGCUGCCACCAAUGGUGGCGGCCCGAUUGUCAUUGCUGACGUCAACAACGACACUCGCGUCGACAUAGUUCUUGGCCUUGAUAGCGACGAUCGGGUGGUCUGGGUGCAGAACUACGGUGGGAGCCCGCCGGCCGUCGCCUACGGUCCACAGGAGGUCGUCAUCGAGCCGACACCCGUUCGUGCCGUCGUUGCUGACAUUGAUGGCGAUGGCGACAACGACAUCGCCUACGCCGGCUUUGACAACAACGCUUGCGGCUUUGCCUUUGCCGACACGCUCGUGCUUCCGCGUGCCCUCGCUGCAGCAGACAUCGACAGCGACAAUGACGUCGAUCUGGUCCUCGCCAGCGAGACCGACAUUGCGUGGCAUCAGAACAACGCCGCUGCGGGAUGGGUCGCAAACACGGUCAACACGUCGACAGCCUCGGUCACUUCGGUGCAGGCUGUCGACAUCGAUGCCAACGGUACGCCCGACAUUGUCGCCACAGCCAAUGGCAACAGCCUUGUGUGGUAUCCCAACGCAGGCAGUGGCGUCUUUGCCGGCGAGCAGGUCAUCUCAGCCGCGCUUGCCAACCCGGACUCGGUUGCUGCUGCAGACUUCAACGGCGACAGCAAGAUCGACCUUGCUGUUGCAUACGGUGACUCGGUCGCGUGGCUCGCUGCGCUCGACGGCAUGGGUGCGUUCAGCCCUCCGCAGCUCAUCACCUCGUCCGACCUCACCACCGCUGUCUCCAUCACCACCGCAGACGUCGACGACGACGGCGAUAUCGACCUCGUCGUCGCCGGCAGGGCCAACAACCGCGUCGUUUGGCUCGCCAACACCAACAACGCCAGCUCGUGGAUGGUCAACGAGGUCACCGCCUCUGCGCCGGGAGUCUACUCGGUUGAGCCAGUCGACAUGGAUGGAGACGGCGAUCUUGACCUCCUGCUCGCCACAGCCGCCAACGACGAGAUGACGUGGUACGAGGCCGCCAGCCCGGGCGUUUUUGCCGGCUCAAAGCACGUUGUCUCGUCUGCCACCUUCCGCCUCCGCCAGGCCAUCGCUGCCGACCUUGAUUCUGAUGGCGACCUCGACGUUGUCGGAGUCUCGCUCGACUCGGGCAUCACCGCCCAUCAGCGCUGCUCCGCAUCCGAUGGCGCCACGCCGCCGCCGCCACCGCCGCCAAGCCCAGCUCCGGUUGCUGGUCCGCCGCCGCCGAGCCCGACUUCCGCCUCACCGCCGCCGCCAGCCUCGGCCACUGCUGGGCAGACCAACAUCUCGCCUAGCUCGGACGAUGGCAUGUUCAAGUCCCAGACAUUCAUCGGUGCCGCUGCCGCUGUCGGCCUCGUCGCCACGGUCGCCGUUGCUGCCACCAUCGUUGUCAAGAAGCGGCGUGGCGGGUCCUGCGGUGGGACGCAACGUGAGUCGUCCAAGCCUGCCACCGAUGCCGGCACCGGUACGGCCAUGGAGCUUGUCUGA